CCAGACUUGAUCCCAAUGCUAGAUGUUCAAGAACCAAAUGAAGAGCAGAUUUUCAAUCCUGGGAUCAUCCUGAUUCCAAAAAGGUUGUAUUCCCUGAACCGCAUACGCAACACAGAACGGUACUAUGAUGAAUUACCAGAUCAUCAUCGGUCAAUUAUACCAAACUUCCGCGACCAUCUUGGCAAAGUUCGCAACUGCAUUGAAACCAAUUUCCAUCUCAUCAAACUCAUCAUUCAAAACACAGAACAUAUGUUCGAAAACAAGAACCACGGACCUGUUGAAAAUAAAGAGAUUUCUGUAUUACAGGGCGAGGAGGGUCUGCGGAAACACCCGCCUACAUCGUAUGACAUGGAUAGAGUGAAGACAACCUUGAAGCAGUUUGUCAGAGAUUGGAGCGAGUCUGGCCGAAGCGAAAGAUCAGCCUGCUACGAUCCUGUUAUCAAAGAAAUCAGACGCAGAUUUCCACCCCAAAUUGACCCGUCUACUGUUUUUGUGCUAGUUCCUGGUGCUGGUCUUGGAAGAUUGGCAUAUGAACUGGCAAAGCUCGGAUACAGUUGUCAAGGCAACGAAUGGAGCUUAUUCAUGUUAUUUGCAUCUAACUUUGUACUGAACAAAUGUCGGGAAGCCAAUGCGCAUAAACUUUAUCCAUGGAUCCACCAGUGGAUUAACAACAAAACUUCAGCUGACCAGAUUGAACCGGUCAGCUUUCCUGAUGUGAAUCCUGCUGAUCUCCCAGCCAAUUCCAAUUUUUCCAUGGCUGCUGGUGACUUUUUAGAAGUAUAUACGGAACCAAAUUCCUGGGACUGUGUUGCUACAGUAUUUUUCAUUGAUACUGCUCACAAUAUCAUAUCAUAUGUGGAGACAAUAUGGAGAAUCUUAAAACCUGGAGGUUUCUGGGUGAAUUUAGGGCCAUUGCUGUACCAUUUUUCAGACAUGCCAAAUGAAAGUUCCAUAGAACUGAGUUAUGAUGAUGUCAGACAGGUCAUUCUCCAGUAUGGAUUCCAGUUUGAGAAAGAAGAGACUGGUGUGAAAACGACAUACACCCAAAAUCCGAGAUCUAUGCUGCAGUAUCAAUAUGAAAGUGUUUUUUUUGUUGCUCGAAAACCAGCCUAAAAAAAAAACCCAACAAACAAACACAAAACA